GAUCGGUUCGAUGAGCCGGGGGCGCAGCUGCGGCGCCGCGGCCGGAGCAGGGUCUACGCCGGCUGUCUCCCCCUCCCAGCCUUUUUUCUCAGCUUCCAGCUCCUUCCCCCGCCCGCCCAGCGCAGCCAGCCCGGGAGAGCUGCCGGGAGCUCCCCAGGAGCCUCAGGUGGUGAAUACUUAUUCUGCUGAGAAGUAAAAGAGAACUUCGUGAGGAAGAAAAUAUGCCUCCCAAGUUCAAGCGCCACCUAAAUGAUGAUGAUGUCACUGGUUCUGUGAAAAGUGAAAGGAGAAAUCUUUUGGAAGAUGAUUCGGAUGAAGAAGAGGACUUUUUCCUAAGGGGACCAUCUGGACCAAGAUUUGGACCAAGAAAUGAUAAGAUUAAGCAUGUUCAGAAUCAGGUGGAUGAAGUUAUUGAUGUCAUGCAAGAAAAUAUUACAAAGGUAAUUGAAAGAGGGGAGAGACUAGAUGAACUACAGGACAAAUCAGAAAGCUUAUCGGAUAAUGCAACUGCUUUUAGCAACAGAUCCAAACAACUUCGAAGACAAAUGUGGUGGCGUGGAUGCAAAGUAAAAGCCAUCAUGGCUUUGGUUGCUGUUUUCCUUUUGCUAGUGAUUAUCAUUCUUAUAGUUGUGAAAUACCGUACUUGAUUUGAUGACAGAGAUCUUCAUUAAACAAGACCUGGGACAAUAAUAGUAAAAGAUUGCUGCAUAAUUUAAAUGAAACCUAUGUAUAUAACUUUCAAAACUUCUUUUUCAAGAAACUAAGAGGCAAGUAUCUCUUCAAAUUGGAGCAUUGAGAAUGUCCAAGUAUAUUCUUCCCUUCUAACAAAAUGUUCUUUUAAUAAUUAUGUUUAAGGCGAAGAUAACCAGCCUCUAUUUGCCAUAUUCCGAGGAUCUAAUUUGAAAUUAGAUACUUGCCAGUUCAUUAUUUGUGUAUAUAGUUAAACACUGAUGACAAUAUUUCAUACUAGCAUUUUAAUGGCAUAAGGAUUUGCAUUGUUGCAUUAAGGUGGGGGUCAGGUUGGGGGUCAGGAAGCCUAUGUAGAGUACCAAAUCAUUAUGCUGAAAGAAAUGCAUAACCAUUCUAUCAGUAUUUGCAAGAACAUAAUUCUUUUCACAUUACAAUUGCUUUGCAAGCAAUUUCCAUAUUUAUGGGUAUAACAAAAGCUAAAUGUUGUAAAUGUUGCUUCCUUUAGCUAUAACUAAAAACACUUCAGUAAACCUAAUUUUGACUGUAUAGGGAAAUGUGUAGUAAUUUUUUGGCAUUUGGAUUAUAGAAAUGGGAAAUUAAAGCAGUGUGAUAAACAUAGUAUGCACUACAAAACCGGAGAUAAUAAAGUCAUUAAAGAACUUCAUUGGAGUGUUUGAAAAUGACGAAUAUAUAGCUACUAGUCAUGGUCCAGUCUUUUUUCAGUCAAACUCCAAUAAGGAGGGACCAAUCCUAAUGUGAGUAAAUGAAAUCUACAGGCAACUUAUUCCUUAAUUUUAGUUAGCUUUUCUCUUUAACCGCAAGUAAUCCUUUUACUAAAAGUGCUAAAAGUAGCAAAAUUAUCUGCUUUGAAUUGUAUAACUUUGCAUUCCCAGAUCAUCCUUGAGGAGAGGCAUGUUGUACAAACGAGUCAAAUUGGCCAACAGUAAUGAAUAGUAAAAAGUCAGCAGCCUAGGUAAUAUAUAUACAGGCUGGUCAAUCAGUCUAACCAAAUGCUGGAGACUCACCAUUAAUCUCAGCUUGCUUUUAUAAUGACGAUAUGCUUUAAGUUAACUUUAAAAUGUGUCAGCCCCCUUGUAUUGUUUAAACAGGUCAGCAUGAAAAUACACAAUCCUCUAAUGUGUGUGGGUAGGAAGUUUUAUAAUAAAAUUGGAGAUUCUGUAGAAAUGUACACAUGGACAUCUUGUAACUCCCUAAAUUAAAAAUAGGGUUAAUAGAAAUUACCAAUAUUUAAAUGGGGAAAAUAUUAUUACCCUGUAUAGGUUUUAUUUCUUUAUUCAUUUUAACUCAAAAUGUGUGAAACAUAGAAUCUAGGUUUUUGUUUUGUUUUCUGAAUUCUACAAGAUUAGUACCAAGAGGCGAAAAUGUUCUGUUUCAAAUGGAAAGAAAUUUGAAAAGAGAAAGCAGGUUAUGAACCAUUCAAGACACCUUCAACCUGUGAAGAUCUAAAUGUAAUUGCUAAAUUUUAUAGUUUGCCUAGAGCAUUAAAAAAGAGAUUAAAAAAACAACCCUAUGGAGUGUUGUUUCUGGUCUCUCUUAAUUGUUGUCAGUUAAUAUAACAGCAUUUGAGCUGCUAAUCAGUUCUUUGACAAUCAAAUCAAUCCCAGGAUACCCAGGAAAAUGAGCAUUUUUAGAAUAAUAGUUCAGGAAUAGAAAUGUUUUAACUGAAUGGACAGAAUCAGUUCUAAUGUAUUUAUGUGUAUGUCCAUCCUUUAUUUGGAUUGGAACUAGACUUAUAAGUGGUUAAUUUUCCAUUAGUUAGUAUAGAAAUCCAGUUUCUCCAUCAUAUAUAUCAGUGAAGAUGAAGAUUAGGUCUCAAAAAGAAUCCCCAUUUCUGGUGUUUCUU